AGGAGGCCCCGCCCCCUCCGCUGGUUCGCCUCCCUCCCGUCGUCUCUGCGGCCGCUCGGGCGGGCGCUUCCAUCCUGGUACUUCGGAGCCUCCAUCCUGGUUUCUUCAAGUGCCCGGACCCAAAACAGGAAGUCUGAGUAUGAGCACAGCUGAAGAAGAGUCUGAUACAGUGACAGUAGAAACCGUCAAUUCUGUGACUUUGUCCCAAGACACUGAAGGGAAUCUUAUACUUCACUGCCCACAGGAUGAGACAAAUGGAAUAGACUCUGAAGACAGCAUCGAACCUCCACACAAAAGACUCUGCUUAUCAUCUGAAGAUGACCAGAGUAUGGACGAUACCACUCCAUGCAUUUCUGUUGUUGCCGUUCCACUUUCCGAAAGUGAUCAGAGCUUCGAGGUGACUAUGACUGCUACCACUGAAGUGGCUGAUAACGAUCUUAAUGAGGGAACUGUUACUCAGAUCCAGAUUCUCCAGAAUGAACAACUGGACGAAAUCUCUUCUCUAAGCAAUGAAGAAGUAUCAGCAGUUAGUCAGGCUUGGUUUACAACCAAAGAGGAUAAGGAUUCUCUCACAAACAAAGGCCAUAAAUGGAAGCAGGGAAUGUGGUCGAAGGAAGAAAUCGACAUUUUGAUGAGUAACAUUGAGCGUUACUUAAAGGCACGUGGAAUAAAAGAUGCCACAGAAAUCAUCUUUGAGAUGUCAAAAGAUGAAAGGAAAGAUUUCUACAGGACCAUUGCUUGGGGUCUGAAUCGGCCUCUCUUUGCUGUUUAUAGACGAGUCCUUCGUAUGUACGAUGAUCGGAACCACGUUGGCAAGUAUACGCCUGAAGAAAUUGAUAAACUGAAGGAGCUUAGGAUUAAGCAUGGCAACGACUGGGCAACAAUAGGAGCUGCCCUUGGCAGAAGUGCUUCUUCUGUGAAGGACCGAUGCAGACUGAUGAAGGAUACUUGCAACACAGGAAAGUGGACAGAAGAAGAAGAAAAGAGGCUGGCUGAAGUGGUCCACGAAUUAACAAGCACGGAACCCGGGGACAUUGUCACGCAAGGCGUGUCUUGGGCUGCUGUGGCAGAACGGGUCAGGACCAGGUCUGAAAAGCAGUGCCGAUCCAAGUGGCUGAACUACCUGAACUGGAAGCAGAGUGGAGGCACAGAGUGGACCAAGGAAGAUGAAAUCAACCUCAUCCUGAGAAUAGCAGAGCUAGAAGUGUCUGAUGAAAAUGAUAUCAACUGGGAUCUGUUGGCCGAAGGCUGGAGCAGCGUCCGCUCACCCCAGUGGCUCCGCAGUAAAUGGUGGACGAUAAAGAGACAGAUUGCCAACCACAAAGACGUUUCAUUUCCUGUUCUUAUAAAAGGUCUGAAGCAACUUCAUGAGAGCCAGAAAACAACUCUGGGGCACCAGCUUUCCGAGAAUAAGUCUUUACCUGGGCUGGCCAACUCUCAUUCUGGUUCUGGGGUUCAGCAUGUCCAGAUUCGAGUGGCUCGCCUGGAUGAGAAUUCCAGUGGCUCGCCAAGCCCCAUGGCAGCGUUGCAGAUCCCAGUCCAGAUUACUCAUGUCUCCUCUGCUGAUUCCCCAGCUGCUUCUGUGGACUCGGACACUAUAACACUGAAUAGUGGAACGCUACAGACCUUUGAGAUUCUACCUUCUUUCCACCUUCAGCCUACGGGAACACCAGGCACCUACCUGCUGCAAACAAGUUCCAGCCAGGGGCUGCCUUUGACGCUGACCACCAGCCCAACCGUGACUUUAACAGCUGGAGCUGCGCCGGCCUCUCCUGACCAGAUCAUAGUGCACUCCUUAUCCCCGGAACACUUGCUGAAUACAAAUGACAAUGUCACUGUGCAGUGCCAUGCACCGAGUGUCAUAAUUCGCACUGUGGCGGCAGAAGAAAUCUCGCCCUCUGAAAGCCAGGCGGAACUUACUGUUGAUUCAGAAAUUCAGCCAGUCAGCCUGGUGGAUCCUUCUGCCUCCCUGGAAGCAGAUUCUUUUCCCGAUGAGCUCCCCCAGCCCAAGCUGGCCAACGAAGUACAGUCUGCAUACAGUGAAGACGACGCCUCCAAAUUUGUGGGCAGAAAUAGUGCCGAACUCAUAGACAGGGUCACAGUGAGAGCUGGAGAAGAGGUUUUGGAUGCAGAUCUGAAAUGCGAAGAGGAUGCAUGCCAGUCCCAUUUUGCUGGCGCUUACGUCUCAGAGGGCUUGGGGUCUCCCACCACAGAAGAACCAAUUGGGCAAUCCAGCAUGGAUGAAACUGUCCUGAUAGUCCCUUCUCCCCGUGGUUUUAUCCAGACAUCAGAUGAUAUCGACAGUGAAUCAGUCUUGCCUCUGACAACACUAACAGAUCCUAUAUUGCAACACCAUGGAGAAAACUCUCAUAUAAUUGGUUCCUCUUUGGACAGUCCUGAUUCUGAAGACUCAAAGGAUGUGGAGGAUCUUGUGAGCUGCCAUUAAGCAUACCCUGUGCUGUGGCACCCAUCUGUGGUAUGACACUGUUGACCCCCAAACCUAAAGAAAACAAGCUUUUUGUGACACAGUGCCUGCUUUUGCUGGCCACAGAAGCAUAACGUCACCAAGGGGAUAGAUAGCCACUGCUGUUGAGCAGGCUGAACUGUUAACCUUGUGGAAUCUGUCUUCUGCAAGACCACACACCACUGAACCAGAUAUGGCCAUGGUGGGAGUGUGGAUCGUUUAGAUAGUGGGGGGAGGAGGAAGCCACUGUGCAAAGUGGACGUCUUGAAUUUCCGGAAAACAAAGUUUACAAUACAGUAACUAUACAUAGGUAAAAAAGAGCAGCAUUGAGUGAGACCAUAUUUUUCAAUCAUAAUCUAAUUUUACCAAUGUAUUUGGUAGGAUAGAGAACACUAAUAACAGCUUCUAGGAGGGAAAUCUUGCUUGUUUGGGAUAUAGGCCCAGGAAGCGUCAGGCAGGGUUUUCAGAAACCUUUUCACUUCAAUGCACUUCAAUGCAAGCUUGUUGGAAAGAGAUAUAUAGGAGUUACCUCCUUGAAAGAUGCAGCCCCAGUACUUGAUUCAGAAUUGUAUUGCUGUUAGAGACUGAAACCACCUCCACCAUCAUACCUUUGUGGAUUGGGAGGUGAACAAGCUUCAGGUUAACCAGGAUUUUGUCUGUACUUGAAGGCUCUCAAAGGAGACACUGAGAUGAACUUACAGUCCCACUUGGGUGGGAAGGAGGUGAACUCCAAACACUUCAAAGAAGAGGAUGUAAAAAGUAUUUAUUGCUGUAAAUAUAUUCUACAGAAGUUUGUCUUCUGUCUAUGGCUUUGUCAGUGUAAAUGAAGUUGAGUUAAAGGAUUGUGGGGGGGGGGGGGGGGGAGGGCAGAACUGUGUUCUGUUUAAUACAAGCACGACCCAAGUUUGUCUUCUGUAUCAGUAGACUGAAUUUUUAUUUAUACUGUGGUACAAACUUUUGAGUGCUGCCUUUUUUUGUACAGUGUAAUAAAAGAUGCAGGUUCUUUUCCCAAAAGGAAAAAGCUUGUGCUGCUCUGAAAA